AUGUCGCUGCGCUCGCUCAUCCUCAACCUCCUCACGGCCACGGCCUCCGCAGCUGCAGUCGCCGAGCCAGACAGAGGCAAUGGCACCCAAAAACGCCGCCCCAUCGUCCUCGACCGCUCCGGCGGCUUCUCCAUCGGCGGCAGGACCAUCUCCGCCCCCGGCAACCCGGACAUGACCCUGUCCUGCGACCACGGCUACGUAGAGUACUUCCUGCCCGCCCGCGCCCGCGCCACCUCCAUCGUCCUCUGGCACAGCUCCAGCACCCAGGUCUGGCAGAACCGCUGGGACGGCGGCGAGGGCUACAAGGACAAGCUCCUGCGCCGCGACUACCCGGUCUACCUCUGGGACGGGCCCCGCGUCGGCCGCGCCAACUGGGCCUGCGAGCCCAUCACCUACGUCCCGCAGUACCGCGACCAGGGCAACUGGGGCGCCUGGAACUUCGGGCCCCGGUACCCCAUGUGGUGGCCCGGCGUGCAGUUCCCGACGCACAGCCCCGCCGCCUGGGACCAGGCCACGCGCGCCCGCUACGACGAGUUCGACACCGCCGCCAACGUCGAGCUGCAGUCCCACGCCGCCGCCGUCGCCGCCGACUCGGGCCGCCUCGGCGACGCCAUCGUCUACCUGACCAACUCGGCCGGCGGCCUGCGCGCCAUGAUGACCACCACCAAGAGCAACGGCACCAACAUCAAGGGCAUCGUCACCUACGAGAGCAUCGGCUACGUGUUUCCCGACAACGCCGGCGUCCAGGCCGGCCGCGGCGGCUUCGGCCCCUUUGUCGUGCCCCUCGAGCGCUUCAAGAAGCUGGCCAACGUGACGGCGAUCCAGUUCGUCUGGGGCGACAACCGCGCCGAGGACAUGGAGUCGGUCAAGCAGUCGCGCCUGGCCGCCGAGCUCAUCAACAAGUACGGCGGCAACGCCGAGGUGCUCAAGCUCGGCGAGGUCGGGCUCAAGGGCAGCACGCACAUCGCCUUUGCCGACAUGGACAACGACAAGGUGGCUGCGCUGCUGGACCAAUUCUUGAAGAAGAACAAGCUAGAUAAAUAUGCUAGUCCUGCUCCUCCCCGUGACGGCGGUGGAGACGAUGGCGAUGAUGAUGAUCAUGACGGCAACAACUAG